UAGUUCCUCAGUGCCCAUCAGAUCGUUUUUUCUGAGUUUCUCUUCUUUAUUUCUAUUCUUCAUUCUUCAACUACUGUAAUAUUCUCCAGGCCAGUCCUGCCUAGCGCUAGUCGCUUAUUCCUUACGCAACCGACACUCUCUUACCCAACCGACCAUCUCGCCGGCCGACAUUCAUUGUUAAACAAGUUAUAAAAAAAGAACAAAAUUCACAAAACCUACGAUGCAGUUCACAACACUCGCUCUUUCCGCCCUGGCAGGCCUUGCCUCGGCUCAGACCGUCCACGUCGUGUCAGUGUCAAGCAGCAAUGCUUCGCUCACAUUCAGCCCCGACAACCUGCAAGUGCCGGCUGGUGAUAUGAUCCAGUUCCAGUUCCGUGCCGGUAACCACAGUGUCGUUCAGUCCAACUUCGACAACCCCUGCACGCCCAUCUCCAUGCACACAAACACUACAGGCAUUUUCUCCGGUUACCAACCUGUCGCUGCCAGCUCGGCCAUGGGCAUGGUCCCCACAUAUACCAUUAUGGUCUCAGACACAACGCCCUUGUGGUUCUACUGCUCCCAGGGAAAGCAUUGCCAGGCUGGCAUGGUAAUGGUUGUUAACGAGAACACUGCUAAGAACGCAACUCGGUCUUUAGAGAAUUUCAAGAGCCUUGCUAAAUCGGCCACUGCCAACCUCGCACCCGGUGGCACUGCCCAGGAAGGCACCAGUGGUAGCACCGGCGGCAGCACCGGCGGCAGUACCAGUGGCAGUACUGGUGGCAGUACUAGUGGCACCACCAACGGCACCACCAACGGCGGUACGGGUACCAGUGGAGGUGACUCUCCCACCGGCACCGCCUCCGCCACUGGCACGCCGGGUACCGCAACGGCCUCUUCCACCAAUAUCCCCGUCCAAGCAGCUGCUUCGAGCACAUAUAUCAUGUCGAGCUUCGCCAGCAUCGUCGGUGUCGCCGCCGCCCUAUUCCUGCUAUGAGUGGGCAUCUGAUGAACAACGGAGUCGGGGAUGGGAUCGGACUGGG